AUGGUGAUGGCGACGGUGAAGGUGGCGCGUGUCUCCUUCGGGUCUCAACUGAAGAAAAGCUGCUUGCUCUCUCCACAACGCUCGUUCUCGGCCUUAAAAUCCGCAUCAACGAAUUCCACUACCCGAACAGCUCCUCCCCCGUCAACGUCCAGGGCUUCUAGCACGGCCUCUUCCAGUGCUCCGAGAAAAUCUGCAACCAAGAAUGAGAAGAAAGCGAAAAAGGCUCUCCCUGCUUCAGACGGCACGGAAGCACAGCUCAAACAAAUAGAGAGCAUGAUGAACAUGGCAAACACGUCUAACCUGUUUCCAACCAUGGAUAUGUGGGGUACUAAAAGUAUCACUCAAGCUCAGUCUAUCACCAAUUCAGACGUUGAAAUACCAAGCGACGCUCCACUGCGCAUGCUUUUCUCAAAUCCAGGCGCGUUUUGGCAUGCGAAACAGCACAAUUUCUCCAAUUGGCUGAAGAACACGUUCAGCAUGUAUACCAUCGCUAAAGCUGAAGCUUUUACGGGAGUAGAUUGUGAUUUUCGAUCUAGUCACUUAUUCCUGCCACGCACAUGGCGUCAACUGGGCAACAUAACAUCACAUUCUUCGAAAUCCUGGCUAGCACCAAUGCGACGUAUUGCAAUGGAUAACUAUCUGGCUAUGGGCCAUGCCAUAGCUGACAAGGAUGAAGCCACCCUGAAGGUGCUAACAACAGCCGAUCAUGCCACUAAGGUGAACAAAAUUAUUCGCACUCGUAAACCUAGCCAGUUUUGGCAGUGGAAGGUUCUAAGCGAUGUCUCAGACAAAGCCCUAUUCCAAGAGAAAAGCUUAUUCCGUCCACUUCCAAUAUUACCGGGAGCUACCGUCGUAUCUAUCCGUUCCGGCGAAGUUUAUGUGGCGAAGGAACCCCCGAAGCGCGGUAACCGGCUGGUGAUACAUGCGCUAGUCAAGUUUGAGACUGAGCAGGAACUCAAGGUGUUCACCAAGCAGGGCCAGCUAGUAGAUGCUAAAUCUGCAGAGCCCCAUCGCGUUGUGGAAUAUCUCGUGCUCGAGAAAGUAGGUUGGUAUGACAAUACGUGGCAAGUGCGGGACCAGAUAUACAAGUAA